AUGGGUAAAGACUACUACAAAGUACUAGGAAUAGCAAGAGGGGCUACUGAAGAUGAAAUCAAGAAAGCGUAUCGGAAAAUGGCUUUGAAGUACCAUCCAGAUAAGAACAAGGAACCAGGAGCAGAGGCCAAGUUUAAGGAUGUAGCAGAAGCCUAUGAUGUUUUAUCUGAUCCAAAAAAGAAGGAGAUUUACGAUAAAUACGGUGAAGAUGGUUUGAAGGCAGGCGAGGGUGGUCCGGGAGCUGGUGGCUUCCAUUACGAAUUCCAUACAUGUUUCGAUUUCAGAGGUGAUCCAAUGCGGAUGUUUGCGCAAUUUUUUGGUGGCGAAGAUCCUUUUACAGCUUUCUUUAAUACUGGAGGAUCAGGAAUCUUCACCACUGGUGGAACUGAUGACUUUCAUUUGUUCGGUGGAGGUAUGCCCUUUGGCAUGAGCGGUGCGACACAUGGCAGGCGACAGCGACAAGACCCAACUGUACAACAUGAACUCCUCGUCUCGCUAGAGGAUAUUUACAAAGGAUGUACUAAGAAAAUGAAAAUUACAAGGAAAGUUUUGAAUCCUGAUCAGCAGUCAAGUCAUAUUGAAGAUAAGGUACUGACUAUAAAUAUUAAACCGGGCUGGAAAAGUGGCACUAAAAUAACUUUCCCAAAAGAGGGCGACCAAAAUCCAGGACGUAUUCCUGCUGAUAUUGUUUUUGUUAUCAAGGACAAACCCCACCCAAGGUUUAAGCGUGAAGGAUGUGACAUACGUUAUGUACACAAAAUUUCUUUACGAGAUGCGCUUUGUGGUACUAGCAUUAGUAUACCAUCUUUAGAUGGGACUACCAUACCAAUAAGAAUAACUGAAGUUGUCAGACCAAACACUUCUAGAAGAAUAUCCGGCAAAGGUCUGCCAAACCCUAAAUCUCCUGGUCGAUAUGGUGAUCUCAUUGUAGAAUUUGAUGUAAGGUUUCCCGAGGUCGUAACUCCUGAAAUGAAAGAAUUGCUUCGUGACGUAUUGCCGGCUUAG